AUGUGGAUCUUUUGGAGCAAAGCAGUGAGGAAAGGAAAGGAUAAUAUGAAACGAAUAUGCCUAAAUUGUCCAAUAAAUUAUACUCAGCGUCUACACGGCACAUUCUUAUCCCCGCAGGUUCAAGUUUCCUCCGACUCCGAUGCUGAUGUCUGUCAUUGUUCCCCAUCCCCUCUCUAUGCAAUGCUGACUGAACCAACAGAAGGCACAUGGAUUCUCUCCUCUCUCUAACACCCAAACUCCGACCCUUCAGCUGCACCCCUCUCUCUCCCUCCCUCUUCCACGCGCCACCUUCUUCAGUUCAAAUUCAAAGAGUCAGCGCAGUGCAGAGCAGAGGCUUGCGCGUGGCGCUGCUCAGCGUGACCGCCAACGCCAAGCUUCGGAUCAGUCCCUUCGUGGCCUCGUUGGCUUCGAACCCCACCUUCGUUUCGGGCUUGGUGGCGUGGGUCAUAGCGCAGUCCAUUAAGGUCUUCCUCAACUUUUUCUUUGAGAGGAAAUGGGAUUUCAGGCUUUUGUUUGCUUCCGGUGGAAUGCCCUCCUCGCACUCCGCCCUCUGCACCGCCCUCACCACCUCCGUCGCCAUCUGCCACGGUGUCGCCGAUUCUCUCUUUCCGGUAUGUCUUGGCUUCAGCCUUAUUGUCAUGUAUGAUGCCAUUGGCGUUAGGAGACAUGCUGGCAUGCAAGCUCAGCUUGAUUGUGCCAAGAGGAAGCCAAACAUUUUGGCACAUUGCUCAACGCAUGUUUGGUCCUCGGAAGUGAUUUGGGGAGGACCAAAUAAAUAUCCAAACAGAUACUUAUUGGAUUCAAGUGUAAGUAAUGUUCGCAACGAAAACAUUAUCCUUGAAUGUACCUUUAUUUUUUUGGAUGUGGAACCUUUAAUUUUUAGUGCUGCAAGAAAUGACCUAUUGAUUUGCAAAUAUUUGGUUUUCUGCCGUGUUGGACUCUUGAUGGCUGUUAAUAUGAGAUUUUAGAGGAUGUUGUAAGCCCAAAGCUAAGCUUAGAUUGCCAGAAACUAGCUAGGUUUUGUUAUGCCACCAAAAAUAGUUGUUUCUCUUUCUCCAUUAAUAUUUUGCUCUUCCAAGUUGUACUCUACUUAUUUUGACUUUUGAAGUAUUACUUGAAUUGGAAACAGGCAGAAAGUAUGGUGUCAUGUUGAUAUUUAUGUCCAAAUGUCCUCUAAUGUACUACUUCUAAGUCAUCAGUUAGGUUUGAAUAUCUCGACCUUUUGUUAGUUUGUAAAUCAUAUCACAUAUACAUCGUAUAUUAUCAUUUGCAUUCCAUAUUUAUUCGAUGACAAUCAAAUAUUGAAAAUUUAAAGCAUUCCUUGUCGAUGUUUACCGAAAAUGUCAAAGAUCUAGAAACUAUCACUCGUAGACUUUUGAGCCAGCAUACUCAAAUGUUUCUUUAUUGCUAUUGUU